AUGUCGACAGAAGGUAUGAAUCGCUUCUCCGAUGACUUUGAGGCUUCGUCUCCAUCUACAGCGUCUUUGACAUGUGCUUUAGUGCCGUAUUCCUUUCGAAGUCCUUUUCACGAUGCGUUGCGUGAUGCCACCCGUUGGUUCCCGAUUGUCGGCAAGCGCAUUCAAAUUGAUCAAGCUUGGCAGAGCGAUGGACGAGGCGGUACAACAUUAGGAUUUGGUGCUUCCGUGUAUGACUCAGCCAUUGCAUUGUCACUGUAUUUAGCCGCUCAUCGAGAUCUAGUGAAAGAAAAACGGGUCAUUGAAUUGGGCUGCGGUCCAGGACUUGUUGGAAUCGUAGCUGCUCACUUGGAACCUAGUAGCGUCGUCAUGACGGAUGGAGAUCCUGUAUCCAUUACACUCACUCAACGCAAUAUGAAGGUAAAUCGCCUUUCUGAAGAUAUUUGCACUGCUGAGACGUAUCUCUGGGGUGAUUUGGACCAUCGCCUGGUUCCGAAGGUUGGCGCUCGUGGUCCUUAUGACGUGAUCUUAGGUGCCGAUAUUGUAGCAUGUCCUUACGUUUCGUCGUUUGAGGCAUUAAUGACGUCACUCCGAGCAUUGGCUGGACCCAUGACGCUGGUACUGCUUGCUUACAAGAAGCGUCAAAAUUUGGAAGAAAAGUUUUUUGACACAUUUAACAAAGUGUUUGAUGUUGAACCGGUUGACAAAUCAGAACUACAUCCAGAUUUUCAAGAAGGAGGCGACAUUAUGAUUUUUCAAGCACGUCUGAGGAACCCAUAG